AGCAGCUGUCAAACGUCAAGCGCGGCCAACUUCACGUCUUUUUUCUCUCUUUUUGACGUGCUCUUUGCAAAUUAGCGCUCCAAAAUGACCAUUCGCCCAGCGUACAGGCCCAAGAUCGUUAAGAAGCGCACCAAGCACUUCAUCCGCCAUCAGUCGGAUCGUUAUGCUAAGUUGUCGCACAAAUGGCGCAAACCCAAGGGUAUUGACAACAGAGUACGUCGUCGCUUCAAGGGCCAAUAUCUGAUGCCAAACAUCGGUUAUGGUUCAAACAAGCGUACCCUCCACAUGCUGCCCACUGGCUUCAAGAAAUUCCUGGUCCACAACGUUCGGGAAUUGGAGGUUCUGUUGAUGCAGAAUCGUGUAUACUGCGCCGAAAUUGCCCACGGCGUCUCCUCCAAGAAGCGCAAGGAAAUUGUUGAGCGCGCCAAGCAAUUGUCAGUGCGUGUGACAAAUCCCAAUGGUCGUCUGCGUUCUCAAGAGAACGAAUAAGCUUAAGGAUAGCAAAAGCGAAAUGGAGAAAAAUUCGCAUUUUAUGGCGUAUUUUGUCUUCGGGUUUUCUUAUUGUAACGUCAUCGGAAUACAAGAAAAAAAACGUUAAAAGUGGAAAUUUUUAUUACACAAA